GGAUUCAGUCCUGUGUCACUUCCUAGGGUUUAUUGAGGGGUUUCCAUCUCUCUUACUGUGCUCCUAGCCAUGGCAAAACCUGGGCGAGGCCGUCGCUCACCGCCGUCUGGUUCCAUCUCGGGCUCCUCAUCGCGCUCUAGGUCCUCCUCUCCCUCCGAUUCCCGCUCCAGCUCUCGCUCUCGCUCCCUUUCCCGCUCUCCCUCUCGCUCCAGAUCCUUCUCCUCGUCCUCUUCUCCAUCCCGCAGUGUCAGUUCAGGAAGCCGAAGUCCCCCUCCUCCAAGGAGGAAAAGUCCUGCUGAAGCAGCUAGGAGAGGUAGAUCUCCUCCACCCUCAUCUAAAAGGAUAUCUCCACCCCCCAGGAAACCUUCCCCUGUUCGUGAAUCACUUGUUCUUCACAUAGACAAACUCAGCAGGAAUGUCCAUGAAGGCCAUUUGAAAGAAAUAUUUAGUAACUUUGGUGAGGUUGUAAAUGUGGAGUUGGCAAUGGAUCGAACUGUUAACCUUCCUAAAGGAUAUGGAUAUGUGGAAUUCAAGACAAGAGGGGAUGCUGAAAAAGCCUUAUUGUACAUGGAUGGUGCCCAAAUCGAUGGUAAUAUUGUUAAGGCCAGAUUUACCUUGCCACCAAGGCAGAAGGUUUCACCACCCUCAAAGGCUUCUGCUCUCCCUCCAAAGAGAGAUGCUCCUAGAGCUGAUAAUGCUAGUGCAGAUGCUGAAAAAGAUGGGCCAAAGCGGCCAAGAGAAUCAGCUUCUCCUAGGAGAAGACCUCCUUCACCCCGAAGGAGAUCUCCUGUGCCUCGAAGAGUUGGAUCACCAAGACGACUGGAUUCUCCUGUUCGUCGUCGAAUGGACUCACCAUAUCGUCGUGGAGACACACCUCCUAGGAGGAGGCCUAUCUCCCCUGCUAGAGGCAGAUCUCCAACUCCACCGAGGCGCCUUAGAUCUCCUGCACGUAGGGUCUCCCCCAGAAGGAUGCGUGGAAGUCCAAUUCGCAGGCGUUCUCCUCCUCCUCCAAGGCGCCGUUCACCACCUAGACGAGCUCGUAGUCCUAGAAGAUCUCCGAUCAGUCGCAGACGAAGUCGCUCUCCACCACGGAGAUCUGCACGCUCACGAUCAAGAUCAUUCUCACCACCUCCACGGAGAGGUCGGCCACCUAUGAGGCGUGGAAGGUCAUCAUCAUCCUACUCUGAUUCGCCAAGUCCUCGCAAGUUAUCCCGGAGAUCCAGGAGUCGCAGUCCAAGAAGGCCUUUAAGAGGAAGAGGUAGCAGCAAUAGCAGCAGCAGCAGCUCACCACCCCCAGCUCGCAGACCAUAGAAUAUUCCUGUAAAUGGGUUGUGCCUCUUUCCAUUCCUGAUGUGUUUAUUAACAUGCUGCCAGUGGUGAGAAAAAUACUUCGGCUAUUAUAAUGUACUAGGAAAUGUAUUUUGGCCAUGUUGUCUACCUUUUCUUUUAAAAUCUAUCAUCUUAUUGGUAGUGUUCCGUUCAUCUGCGUGUGACAAGAGUGUCUUGUGCUUUUAGUUAUUGUUCUUGAACAUCCAAAAUUUGGGAGAUUAUGCGUUUAUUCCUAGCAACCAGAUCAAUCGUACGUCUCAGUAUAAGUUAAUGACCGUCGAUUUUUGGUGGGACCCAAUGGAUCUUGUAUUGAAUCUGUGGUUGGAGUAUCAGGUUUUCCCUGCAAGGUUAUGUGGGACUGUAGAGGAUGAUAGAUUCAAUUCCUCAAGUGCACUAAGAUUUAAGUAUCUGAUAUUUUAUUAUGCCAA